AUGAAAAACGUAGAUUCUAAAGUAUUCUCAGUUAUUGACCUCCCUUUAUAUUAUGGCAGCCAGGGAAACGUAAAUCAAGUCGCGAUGGACACCUUCAAAGCCAUGGACACCGAUAAAUCUGGAUCAAUAAGUUUCGCUGAAUUCAAAGUCGCCAUGGAAAAAGAAGCCAAGAACGGCAAGGUCGAUGAGAAGAAUCUUCGAGCCUUCUUUAACAAACUUGACACUGAUAAGAACGGUGAAUUAAGCCUCGCCGAACUUUCAAAAGCCUUCAAUAAGUAG